AAGAAGCAAUCGCUACCAAAAUGAAGAAAAUAUGCAUGAUCACUUCUCUGAUGCCAACAAGAGUGAUAAUUCUCUACCUCUUUAUAAUAUCUUCUUCUUCUAAUCCUAUGGCAAUGGCGGCAGAUUUACCCAAUUUUAAUAAUAUUAGUUCCGACCAGUCCGCUCUCCUGGCCCUGAAAUCCCACGUUACUUCCGACCCAUUUGACAUCCUCAAAAAUAACUGGACGGGCAAUACUGACGUUGUCGGAGAUUCUGUCUUCUGCAGUUGGGUCGGAGUUACCUGCGGCCUCCGCCAUCGUCGAGUCACCUCCGUUGACCUCAAUGGCAUGGGUCUCGUCGGCACAAUCCCCCCGCAGAUGGGUAAUCUGUCGUUCCUCUUGCGGCUCAAUCUCUCCAGCAAUAGAUUUCACGGGGACUCUACCGGAGGAGAUGUCUGGGCUCCGGCGGCUGAAGUAUGUCAGCCUGGCUUUUAAUGAUUUUUCCGGGAAAGUGCCCCUGUGGCUGGGAAACUUUACCGAGCUUGAACAAAUACUUGUUCAGAAUAAUAGCUUCUCAGGAAUUCCGGAAGAGAUUGGGAAAUUGGAGAAGUUGAAAGUGUUGAAUAUGGGGAAUAAUCAACUGCCGGGCACAAUUCCGUUAUCUCUUUUCAAUGUUUCGAGCUUGCAAACUAUCAUACUGACCGACAAUGAUUUGUCUGGCGAGCUUCCAGCGGAUUUGUGUCAUUAUCUUCCCGAGUUGGAAGGCCUCUUCUUGUCUUUGAACCAGUUUGAGGGACCAAUCCUAUCAUCCAUCGGCAGUUGCUCCAAGCUUUUGCUUCUCGAUCUCUCGUUCAAUAGAUUCAUCGGCCAGAUUCCCAUGGAGAUAGGAAACUUGACCAACCUUCAGGUUAUCAGAAUUACCUCUAAUAGUUUGACAGGUGCAAUUCCACAUGAGAUGGGAAAACUUGUGAAUUUGAAACAACUGUAUCUUUGGCGCAAUGGCCUCACUGGACCUAUUCCAAAUGAUAUUUGGAAUUCUUCGUCUCUCAGUUUAGUAAAUCUUGGGGAGAACAACUUCACAGGUGCUAUCCCGGAGGAACUUGGCAGGCUUCGAAAUUUAAAGACAUUGUCAAUAGAAGUCAAUAAAUUAACUGGUUCUAUUCCUGAAUCAAUAUUCAACUCCUCCAAAUUGCAGAUACUUUCAUUAGCCAGCAACCAGCUUUCUGGCAAUCUGCCACCAAAUUUAGGCCUUUCUGCCCCCAAUCUUAAACAAAUAUAUUUGGGCAUAAAUCAGUUCAGUGGUGUCAUCCCAAACUCAAUCUCUAAUGCUUCAAAUUUGAUCUUUCUAGAACUCUCUCUAAAUCAGUUCAGCGGUCCAAUUCCUAGCUCACUCGGUGAUUUGAGGCUACUUCAACAUCUAAACUUAUAUUGGAACUACUUAACUGGAGAUCCUUCUUCUCAGGAGUUGAAAUUCCUCGGGUCCUUGACAAACUGCAGGUACUUAACAAGACUCUGGAUAGCUGAAAAUCUUCUAAAUGGAAUCCUCCCAUCUUCCAUUGGCAACCUCUCCAUGUCUCUCCAAAGCUUUUUUAUCUAUGGUUCUGGAAUUAAGGGCCAGAUCCCUCCAGGAAUUGGUAACUUGACAAGAUUAGAGUCUUUAUAUAUUUACAACAAUGAUCUGACCGGUUCACUUCCAGGGACUCUCAAGGAACUAAGAAAUCUCCAAGCCUUGAGUGCCGAUAAUAACAGGUUACAAGGAUCCAUUCCCAAUUGGAUUUGUGUUUUAAGGGCAUUAAGCUUUCUAACCUUAGAUGAAAAUGAGUUUUCUGGCCCGUUGCCGUCUUGUUUGGCAAAUAUUAGCUUUCUUAGGCAAUUCCAUGUAUCUUCAAAUAGACUAGUUUCCAACAUUCCUUCAAACAUUUUUAGUCUUCCCAACCUUUUGGAGCUUGGUUUGUCAAAUAAUUCUUUCAGUGGGAAUCUGUCCCCUGAUAUUGGGAACCUAAAAGCUGCUACAGAUAUAGACAUGUCCUAUAACAAGCUCUCCGGAGAAUUGCCGAGCACAAUUGGAGGUCUAACGAACUUGAUUGAACUUACUUUAUCAAAUAACAAAUUCCAAGGAACUAUUCCUGAGUCACUUGGUAACAUGCUGAGUUUGGAAGACCUUGAUCUAUCCGAAAACGAACUUUCAGGUGCCAUUCCCAAAUCUCUGGAGGCACUUAUUUAUCUUAAGUCCUUUAAUGUUUCUUUCAAUCACUUGAGAGGAGACAUUCCUUCAAAAGGGCCUUUCCUAAACUUCAGUAAUGCGUCGUUUAUAGGCAAUGAAGCGUUAUGCGGAUCUUCCAUCCUGCAACUGCAAUACCCCCCAUGCACGACCAGUUCUCUUCCUUGGAAGAAAAAACACAACCAUCUUAUUAUUCUAUACAUUCUGUUGCCAAUUGGCGUGGUGUUGUUUAUCAUUUUCUUAGUAAUGCUUAGAACAUGGUCGUCUCAACGGUCAAAAAACAAGAUUGAUCAGCAAGGAAGUCUCCCCUCACCUCUAAAGCCUCUUGAAAGGAUAUCGUACGAUAACCUGUUUUGUGCAACCGAAGGAUUCAGUCACAGCAACUUGAUCGGAGUUGGCGGGUAUUCUUCAGUGUAUAAAGGGCUGCACAGAGACGGAACCAUCAUAGCAGUAAAGGUAUUUGACCUGAAGGUGGAAGGCGGUUUUAGGAGCUUUGAUACCGAAUGUGAGGUGUUGAAAAGCAUUCAACACCGUAAUAUUGUGGGAGUGUUGACUAGUUGUUCUAGACCGGAUUUCAGGGCACUUGUGUUGGAAUACAUGCCUAAUGGGAGUCUUGAUAAGUGGUUGUACUCUCACAACUAUUUCUUGGACAUGUUGAAGAGACUAGAUAUAAUGAUCGAUGUUGCAUGUGCUUUGGAAUAUCUGCAUUACGGGUUUAUAAGUCCGUUGGCACACUGUGAUUUGAAGCCGAGCAAUGUUCUUCUCGACCAAGACAUGGUAGGUCAUAUAAGUGACUUUGGCAUUUCUAAGCUUUUAAGUGUGGAUGAUAGUAUUGCUCAAACCAGGACAUUGGCUACAAUUGGAUAUAUUGCCCCAGAAUAUGGGAGGGAAGGUUUGGUUUCCAUAAAAUGUGAUGUGUACAGCUAUGGAAUCAUGCUAAUGGAAACAUUUACAAGAACAAGGCCAACAGAUGAGAGGUUUGAUGAGGAGGAAGGGUUAAGUUUGAAGAAAUGGGUGAAGGAUUCUUCAGUAGAGGAGAUAAUAGAUUCCAAUUUGGUGAGGAUGGGGGAAAAGAAUAUAAAUGGUAAUCUGGAAUGUGUAUCAGCGAUUAUGGAUUUGGCUUUGGCUUGCUCUGCUGAAUCUCCUGGAGAGAGGGUCGACAUCAAAGUGGUCCUGACGAAUCUGAGGAAGAUCAGACAUUUUAUUGGCUAAAUCUGAACCAAGAUUGUGGACUAUUUGAUAACAUGAAACUUUGAUGAAGAAGUCUGUAUUAAUAGCAACUUCUCAUAGAUGUGAAUUCAAUUUAGAUGGAUGGAUUGAUUGAUGUAUGUAUGGUUCAAUUUCUAACUAUUUAAGUCAUGUUCAACAUUUCUUUUUUUUUUUCAGUGUUCUAUUGUUUGAUUUUUUUUUGUU